UGUUUCGACACAGCACUCGCUUACAGUGUUAACGACGCCUGACAGUCGUGAGUGAGCACUGCUCUCUUAUUGUAAGGGUUUAAGAGAUAUACGAGCUUAGCUAACUAACUCUUUCUCAACUUUAAAUUAAGUAAUUUAUUUAAGAUUCUUCAGUUUGCUAAGUGCGCAUAUCUCCUUCGGACAUUCGUUGUCAUCAAGCUGCCAUUAUGGAUCAGGUAGACGUCGUCGCAGAAGAAAUAAAGAGCCCGUGGGGUACUGUAAAUGUGACCGCGACCCCUUGUUCCCUGACAGAUGUGAUGAGUGAACAGCUGGCCAAGCAGCUACAUGAGGAAUACAGCUCCUUCCUCACCUGCCCCGAUGACUUGGACCUUGCCAGUAUACAGCAGGAGACGGAAACAUCCAGUGACCUGAUGUUGGCUCAGAUGCUUCAGAUGGAGUUUGAUAGGGAGUUUGACACACAGUUGCGCAGAGAAGAAAAGAAGUUCAAUGGAGAGAGCAAAGUGUCGAUUUCCUUUGAAAACUACCGCAUGGUUCACCCAUUUGAGGACAGUGACAGCUCUGAUGAUGAAGUAGAUUGGCAGGACACGCGCCAUGACCCUUAUCGCCUUGAAAAGCCAACCACUACACCAAAGAAGGGUUUUGCAGGGAAAGGCAAGAACAUUACCACGAAACAUGACGAGGAGGUCUGCGGACGUAAAAACACCGCACGAAUGGAUAAUUUUGCUCCAGAGGUGCAUGUAGGUGAUGGGAUAGGCAUGGACCUGAAGUUGUCAAAUCCAGUGUACAACUCUCUGAAAAGACAUUGUCAAACUGAGCAGAGACGCAGCGCCCGACUUCAUGAGAAAAAGGAGCACUCAACUGCUGAGCAUGCAGUGGACCCCAAGACCAGAUUGCUCAUGUACAAAAUGGUGAAUGCAGGAAUCCUGGAGAACAUUAAUGGAUGUAUCAGCACAGGGAAAGAGUCUGUCGUGUUUCAUGCUGAUGGAGGGAGCUUCGAGGAGAUGCUAAUUCCACAGGAGUGUGUCCUCAAGGUCUUCAAGACUACGUUGAAUGAAUUCAAGAACCGGGACAAAUACAUUAAGGACGACUACCGCUUUAAAGAGCGUUACAGUAAGCUGAAUCCUCGUAAGAUCAUCCACCUGUGGGCUGAAAAGGAGAUGCACAACCUGACCAGGAUGAAAAAAGCUGGGAUUCCCUGCCCAGAAGUGGUGAUUCUGAAGAAGCAUAUUCUUGUAAUGUCUUUUAUUGGUCAGAACCAUGUGCCAGCUCCUAAGAUAAAAGAUGCCAUGCUAACUUCUGAGGACCUGAAGAAGGCAUAUUACCAAGUACUACAGAUGAUGCAGCAGCUGUUUCAGCAGUGUAACCUUGUUCAUGCUGACCUGAGUGAAUAUAAUAUGCUCUGGCAUGAGGGACAGGUGUGGUUGAUUGAUGUGAGCCAGUCGGUUGAGCCCGCUCACCCUCAUGGUCUGGAGUUUCUGUUCCGAGAUUGCAGGAAUGUAUCUACAUUUUUCCAGAAAGCUGGAGUAACAGAAGCUAUGCAUGUGUAUGAGCUCUUUAACACUGUGUCUGGACUGAAAAUCACGAGUGACAAUGAGGCAGAUUUCUUAGCCCAGAUUCAGGAACUGGAGAAGAUGAAUGAGGACCAUGUCCAAAAGCGAAGCAAGAAGGCCUGUACCAAUACUUGUGAGAAUGGCCCACCUCUGUUAAAUGAGGAUGAUUAACAAUAAGAUAACAUCCAGAAAAAAGGCAGGUUCACAAGUUGAGAGGGGUAAAAUGUGAGGAUGUAUAAGUGCAUUACACAGCAUUUUCUGCUGACUAGGCAUCUGAAACACCCAUCUUUACACACCUUUUGAUGGAUUGCUUCAAAUAGCAAGUAAAUGGUGUACUAAUAGAUCAACUAUAUUAGUACGCAGCAGCAUCAAAUCUUCCGUUUGAGCACAACCUGUUAUUGAUCAGUGUUGCAAUAUGGGCUAAUAAUGGGACAGAAUGAGAUAUGUGCAAAUAGAUUAGUAAAUAUGACACGGUGUCAUAUUUCUCUCUACAUAAAAAAUACCAGUUAGCAUGAAUCGAAUGCUUAUUUAAAGCAUUUGGUUGGUGCUGAACAUGCUUGAUGCGUUGAUGUUUUCUGAUUUUUGUGGCUUUAUCUUAAUGUUGCUGUAUGCUGGCUUCAUGUAAUAUUUUACAGCUCAUGGAGAAAUGAAUAAACUUUGAAAUUGGUAAAUGGAAUGUGAUUAAUCAAAUGUUUAAGCACACGUUACCAGAAGGUUACAAUCUAUGCCUUAUGUAUUUAUAACUAGUGAUGGCAGGAUGAAGAGUCAAUCGUUAAUUUUUCAAAGUUUCAAAUUGGACGUUCAAGACAGCUUCACGACUUCUGUGUUUCAGCACACAUAGUGCAGUGUCGUGUAGUCUAUAGAGACAUCAUAUCAAUUACUGAGAGAUUUUCUUUGAUUUCAGCUCUUCAAACACACCUGAGAAUGUGAUCAGUAGUAUUACAUCAUCGCAACAUAUCAUUUACUUCCAGGUGGAUAACUCCAGUAGCGCUGCAUUGGUAUAACAGAAUUAUCGGAGAUAUUCAACCAAUAUAUUCGGGGGAAAAAACAAAAACUUUCAGUGAUUUUGUACCUUUUAAAUACUGGAAGUUGUUCAACUUGGAUCUAAUUUUAAUAUUAGCAAAACUGUUGUUUCAUGUCAAUCACUUCCCAUAACAGGACAGUGUGUGUUUAGCACUGACUUUAUAUAAGUAGUAAAAAAAAAUUUUUUAAGUUACUAAAAGCAGUAUUGAUCAUCUAUUUGUAUUGUAUUAAAAGUGACCAAUAAACUAAAGUUAAACAUGUCAGACUGAAGUGCAUACAAACGUUCGCUGGGAAAAGGUCAACCUAUUAGUUUGGUAACAUGGAUAGAUGGUUUUAAACUCGUCGCUUUUUCUGUACUGUGGAACUGAGGGAUUGAGAUAUCUCCUGAGUGACUUUAUUCAUGUUUGUCCUAAUGUCUUCUUAGACAGUUAAGCUAAGCAUAGGAACAUAUUUUAAAGCAUCAAAAGUGCACUCAUGGAGCACCUGUACACCUAUUCAUUCAUGCAAUUAUCUAAUCAGCAAAUAGUGUGGUAGCAACGCAGCGCAUAAAAUCAUGCGGAUACGGGCCAGCAGCUUCGGCUAAUGUUCACAUCAGCCCUCAAUAGUGGGGGGAAAAUGUGAUCUCUUUGAAUUUGUGUGAUCUCGUGAUUGUUGGUGCCAGAUGAGCUGGUGUGAAAACUGCUGAUCUAGGAUCUAGUCUCUAGAGAUUACCCAGAAUUGUGCAAUAAAGAAAAAAACAUCCAGUGAGCAGUAGUUCUGUAGACCGAAGCACCUUGUUGAUUAGAGAGGUCAACAACGAAUGUCUAGAGUGGUUCAAGCGGACAGAAAGGCCACAUUAACUACGAUAGCCAUUCUGUACAAUUGUGAGCAGAAUGUUGAACUUUGAGGAGGGAAGGCUACAACAGCAGAAGACCACGUCAGGUUUUUUUUUCUUGAGCGCCGAAAGAUGAGAAAGCUGAGUGGGCACAGGCUCACCAUAACUGGACAAUUUAAAUCUGGUAAAAAUGUAGCCUGCUCUGAUGAAUAUCCAUUUCUUCUGAGCCACACAGAUGUUAGGGUCAGAAUUUGUUCUUUCCUUGUUGAAGAAAACCCCUUUCACAACAUUUAGCCAAGUCAAGAAGACUCUGGAGGAUGUACAGUAUGUGUAUCUACAGUAUUGAAGUCUACAAUCAAGAGAUGCCUUCAUGAAUGUAAAUACAUAUGGUUUACCUCAAGAUGCAAAUCACUAGUAACACUCAAGAACAGAAAGCCCAGAUUAGAUGUAAAAACACCUGACCAGUUCUGAUGCAAUGUUAACUUGUACAAGACUGAUGGGAAGAGUAUGGAAAAAGGAAAGGAAGCGCUCAUGUUCCAAAGCAUACCACGUCAUCUGACAAACAUGUGGAGGCAGGGUUAUGACAUGGGCAUGUAUGGCUGCCAAUGGAGCUGGGUCACUGGUGUUUUAUUGAUGAGGUGACUGCUGAUAGAAGUAGCAGGAUGAAUUCUGAAGUGUAUAGAGCUAUCAGGAGGAUCUGAUCAUUUUUAUUCACAAAAGCCACUGAGAUGCUUGUUUAGUCCCUUGCAAAAAAAAAAAAAAUUAAUCUUACUAAACAAAAUGAAGAAAAAACUACAAACCCAAGAAAGACAACCACCUGAGCAGAUUAAUAAUACGUUUAUAACUUUCUUUCAAGACAUAUACUCAGAAGUUAACACCGUCUUCAACAAUAUCAGUCUAACAAAAUUAACAAGAACAAGCAAAGUCCACAGACAAACCAAUAGAAGCAAGAGAUCUAUAAUGCCAAUAACCAUAGGCCCAACAAUAAAGCACCAGGACCUGAUGGCCUUCCUGCUGAGUUAUGUAAGCAGUUUUCAAAGUUUCAACAGAAACCCCUUCGGUGGUCUGGAUCAAAAGGAAGUAGAAUAGACGGUUACAUUUGUAACAGUCAUUCCAUAACUGAUGCCUUGAUCAUCCGGGUAGAAUGGCCAGAGGAUGAGCGUGACCUUUUAUAUGCUACCCACAUGGGAUCAUGGGGAAAGGUGACAGCUACUGGUUCUCAGCAAGGGAACGAACAAACCGGAAAUCUAAGUAGUUCCAAAGGAAACUAGUCAUAGAACCAUGGUUACAUAUGUCAUCUUUCAUUGUUCUAGGUAAUUUUUUUAAUCUUCGGCUAUAAUCAUCAAUUUUUAUUGAUAAAAAUUGCUUGUCCUCAGCCAA